UUACGAGCGGUCAUAAGUUCAUAACAAACCGCAUUGCAUUGUUCAUGCCAGCAAAAAUGUCAUAGCCUGAAGCCCAUGACUACAACUCUUUUCUCAUCUUUUCUUCUGCGCCCGAACGCAUUCCCGUGCUGCUCGAGAUGUUCUCCCCCGACGCGUCGCGAAUACAGUCAUUGAGACCGAAGAGAACGCGGCAGACAUCCGGGCCAGAAGACUCGAUCAAAUUACCUCAGGCGAAGCGAAAGCGGUCGGCGCUCCGACGAGACACGUUCGAGCCAUUAGCUGAAGCAAGCAUCAAUGAGAUUGCUGGACGCGAAGCGGCUGAUGAGAAGACCAAUGGACACAUUACCCCGGCUGCGCAAAUUAAGGAAUUGACGUUGCGAGGAUCAAAGAAACCGGAAAAGAGAUCGGAGAGAACAACAGGGUUGAACAACGCAGCUCUGACACUAGCAUGCAACGACUUCUACACUGUUGCCCAGCUACCUUCUCUACCAGAACAGAUCAAAAGUCAUCCUUCAAUCCCCUACUCCUGCGUCAUUUCUCCCGAACAUGGCUUUGCAUUGGCUCUCACACACAGCGAUGCUAUAAUCUGGCCGUACCAUUCAAGCGCAUCGAAUCCUUCGUCGCGAGAUGUUGUCACCUUCAAAUUGCCAUUUCCGCCAGCAUCGGUGGAUGACCCCUUGCCAUUGGCGACGUUUACAACCAAAUCUGCCAGUGGUGAACCCGGCAUCGUGGCAGUAUCCUCAAAAUGGGGCAAGGUCGUCUAUUGGGAAACAAUAUCAAACGCUUCGUCCCUCAUCCCUGGCCAGACGUCAAGUGUACAGGGUUCGAUACCAGGAAUGACGAACAGAGAAAUCGUGGAAGAGUUGGUCAACGCGGAACCAUCUGGUUUUAUACUCGCAUUGCGCGGAGGAAGAGUCGCUCAUCUGACGAUCCGCGACCAGAUGGGGAGGCCUGGGAUUGGUGUCCAAUUUUUGCGCAAAUAUUCGAAUGGUGCAGGUGGUCUCUUCGGCAGCAUUCGCAAUGUGUUUGGGGGUGAAGAAAGAAAGGGCACUCCCAUGAUCAAAGCAGGAGGCUCGAGGAAAGGUCAACGAGAUGUUGUCAUCGCGACAGAAGACGCCGAGUUGGAAUUCUGGAACACCAACCUCAGUGUUGGCAACUCUCUAGAAACAUCAUUCAGUUUCAAGGACGAUAUCACCGAGGCGCUGAAAUCGACGUUGCUGGAAACACCACAACUCAACUUCAAGGUUCUGGACGUGGAACUUUCGGCAGGACCAAGCACAGCACUAAGUCGACAGGGCAGUCAUGGUGCCCCAAUGAUGGUCCUGGUCUCUGUUGCUUUGGACGAGCAAACCAAAUACUACAUCAUUGAGAUGGUGGUUGAUGAGGGAGCAAAGGUGAAAGUGGUGCACCCUGUCAAUUGCUACUCAUCAUCGUCGUCCGAGCGGCCGUCAUGGCGACCUCGUCUAUGUGUGGCAAGAAACCAGCCGGUGGCAUUCAUCCUGUUCGAAACAGCAAUCGUUAUCUUUUCUCUGGCCAAAGUGAAAGAGUCACCCUCAACGCAAUUAAUUUUGGAACGACAGUCACUACCGGAGCCUUUUCAAGACUGCGUUCGUUUCCAAGAUGCGACCAUCUACAAGGUUCUGGGAUAUGUACUUGAGACUUCGGAGAAGCAGUCGUCGGUGGUAUUUGGAGUGCAAGGUUUUGGCAUAGUAAAGAUGAUCUCUCAUCUUCGGCAGACGGAGGAAUUGGAGAUUGAUGAGUUCGCCGACCGGAUAAGUGCGAAAAGCAAAAUCGAGCAAGCCGUGUUCUUCGGAAGUAUCAAACAGAAUCCGUUCGACCUGAAGAACAUCAACCAAAUCUUCCCAGCAGAAGAGAUCGAGUCAGCCGCACUGAACAUCAGCUCCGAAAUCGUCUCGUCAACGUCCAAGCAUCUCCCCAAGACUGCACCAUCUAUCGACAUGCAUUUGAGACUCAGAGCGAAAGCUCUUGAUGACUUAGCACAGCACUUGAUGAAGUAUUAUGCCUCCGCCAUCACACCCAAUACACGUUUUCAGAUGCUGCUCAAUGCAGAAAAGGUGGCUGCGGCCCAAGCACUUUGGAAAGUGCAAGAGGAUAUACAACGACGAUAUCCACAAGAAGGUCGCGAAAUGACCUAUCUCGAUUUCACUCUUCGGGCCUUGCACGAAACUCGACAAAAAUAUCCAGAUCCAGAAAAAGGAGAAAAGGAUCGUGUACGACAUUGGCUAGUCAACAGUGUUGGCAACAUCGAUCAUCUCAUGUCCGAACUGGUCAGCUGCACGGAUGAACUAGGACCAAUGCAGGUUACCGAUCCCAAAGUUGUUGCAGACUACCUCAAAGAAGCGGUCGACCUGUGGAUUGCAUCGUACUCGGCUGGCUUCAAGUUCCGGGAAGACAAUGCUCCAGGGUACGGACUAGGGGAUGAAGUGUUUCAAGAUGGCGUGCUUAUAUCAGGAUUUCCAACCGAAAUACCUCACCCAUGGACGUCGAAGGAAGAACCUUUCCGCUUUGGUCAACGUUUGAUCUACGACAUCUGCGGAUUCCUCACCGAGUGGUGGGAUAACACCCAAGGGAAGAACAAGAAGAAAAAGAUGCCUGCUGACCUCGACGGGAAACCAUAUGAGGCACCCAGCAAAAGUGCCUUGAAGGAUCUAGCUGCUCGAUUACCUGUCGAGGUGGAAUUGUUCUGUCGCAUCACGAAAGAAGAAUUCAUCCAGGCAGCAUGUCAUCUGAAAAAGCUUGAAAAAGACCCGGAAGUGUAUCGAGAUGAGCUUAGAAAUAUGACUGCAGAAAAGCAAGACAGGAUCGACAAAGCUUUGCAGGUCAUAUCUCCGUUCAACAUGCUGGGGGCGAUACAUCUGGCGGAGAAGUUACAGAACUGUCCAAUGCUGGUGAACCUGCACUAUGCGUACUACAGCCAACUGACGGUAGAAGCCGAGGCCGAUCCUUCGUUGAAGGACAUCAACUCACGGAAAAUCAACGAGAUGCAGAAUCAAGCUGAGACGUACUUUGAGCGAUUCGGCAAACAAUGGGCCUGGGCUAGUUUCAGUCAGAUGAUCGAGGACGACGAGUGCGGCAAUCUCUUGAUCAAAGGGCAAGAGGACGAUAAGAAACAACAGAUUCUUUCGUGGUUCUUUAAGAAAGCACAGAAGAAUGGUCAAAGUGUCGGCAAACUCAGCUGGAUCCAUGACGUGGUCGGAAGCGACAACUAUGCACGCGCUGAGAGAACUUUACAGGAAGUUGUGGCUGGGGAGGUCGUCGAUGUGUGGAACAAAAAGACGGAACUGGCUCUGGCUAAGCUGUCAGGAUUGGCCGCGGAUGAAGGCAAGGACAUCGCCCGUAAAGAUGCUAAGCGUUAUGACAGCGAUCUCUCCAUGGUUGAGAUUCAGGAACGAAUUUGCCAACAUGUUCAGGCCGCGAUCGGACCUGCUCUUGAUGACAAAGCUGCGUAUGACCUUGCGAGGGAGAAUUUCGCUUCAAGGCUUGUCAAGGAUACGCCAGGACUGAAGACGACAUUGAAGCAGCUCUUGAAAUCGUUGCUACAUCAGGCACCGUUGAGUCCCGAAGAACUGGUCGAUUUGCUGACUUUGAUGGACUCGGUCGAGUGGGUGGGCAUGCCAGAAGAAGAUCCAGAAAUCUGUGGACAGGAAUUCAUCACAGCCCUGCAAGUCGUGGAUCUUGCCGCCUUACCCAGUCACAAGCAAGAAGACUUACGGGCUCUGAUAUGGAGAAGAGCGAUGAUAAGAGAUAACUGGAUGCUGAUCAACGAUACCAGUGGCAAAGACGAUAACUGGGUCCUGAAUGAGAUGCAACAGACAAGUCUAUUCCGGACCAUUCAGCAAGCAUUCUUGCUGAAGCACUUUCAAGGCACGCCAGUGCAUCUGCUAUCACCCGAACAAAUCUUGGGGCGUGAGGCUUUUCCUAGCAGUCUACAGACGAGGUUUUCUGAGAGUGAAUUGGAACCUCUACGCAAGGAUAUGGAUAAAGAGCAAGCAAAGCUCAAAAAGUUUGUUGAGAAAGGACGGCUUGAAGAUCAUUAUGGAGGGCUGGUCUCUUCUGCUCAGCGCAGUGUCAGAGGCAUCAUUGACCAGCAAGGCGAACGAAUGGCUCAAGAUGCUCUGGCAGAAACUAAUGGGCACUGAGUGUAGUAUUACUAUGGUAAUUGGUUGAGAUUGUAUCCUGGAGGCUGCUUGACAGGAUGGUUGGAGCAUUGGCCUUUCCAAAAGCAACCACUAUUGCAGCAUGUCACUAUUACUAUAUGGUAGCUGCUACGGACCACAUAGCUGAAUUAUGGUGGUGAAGCUAGCAAGGAUCAUAGAAGGCGUGGCUGCCUGAAUUGGUGACUGCGAACCAUUGCCAGGUCACAACUACUUUCGCUACGCGUCAAAUAUUACCGCGUUUCUUUCU